AAAACCUGCUACUUAGAUUUUUUUUCUUUAUAUUUUCUCCCACUUCUCUUAAUUUACAUUUUAGGGUUUUCAAAGCGAGAGAUGAUGCAGACACCAUACAAUACUUCAACGCAGGGGCAAUACUGCCAUUCUUGUGGAAUGUUCCACCACCACAGCCAAAGCUGCUGCUACAACAACAUCUCUAACUCAAACACCAGCUCUUACUCGAUGGCGUUUUCCAUGCAAAACGGCGGCGCUUUUGAGCAGAACUGUGAGGAUUAUUACUCUUCCUCCGUGGUUGACUGCACUCUCUCUCUUGGAACUCCUUCCACACGUCUUUGCGAAGAGGACGAGAAACGCAGACGCUCUACCUCCUCCUCUUGCAUCUCAAACUUCUGGGACUUGCUUAACACUAAAAACAACAACUCCAAAGCGAAGCCGUGUAGUAAAAUCCCUUCUUUCUCUACUGCUAACCCAAUCAAGCCAUCACGCGGUUGCUCCGGCGGUAACGGCGGUGUCGAUUCUCUCCUCGUCAGACGCUGUGCCAACUGUGACACCACUUCAACUCCACUGUGGAGAAAUGGUCCUAGAGGCCCUAAGUCCCUAUGCAACGCAUGCGGCAUUCGUUUCAAGAAGGAAGAGAGAAGAACCACGUCGGCUUCAGGGAAUGCCGUCAUCGGAGCUGCACCGGUAUCAGCUGAUCAGUACGGACAUCACAACGCUGGCUACAACAGUUACAAUGUUGGAACUGGUAACAACAAUAAUGGUAACUCGUGGGCUCAUCACACGACGCAGAGGGUCCCGUGCAGUUAUCCGGCAAAUGAAAUCAGAUUCAUGGAUGAUUACGGUGGCGCUAUAGCUAACAACGGUGAUCCUGCUGGUGGUCAUGGUGGCGUUCCGUUUCUUUCGUGGAUAAAUGUGGCGGAUAGGGCAAGUCUUGUUCAUGACUUUACCAGAUGAAAAAAGGAAAAGGAAAUUGACGUUAGAUUCUUCAAAAAUCCAUGUGGUUUAAUAAUAUAUUAUGUCUAAUUUAUAAAAAAAAGAAGAAAAUAUUUGAAAAAGGCAAUAGAAGUGUAGUAUAUCGAGAGACGAUGCUGAUGGUGAUGGUGUUGAUAGUGAUAGUCUAGCGUAUGUUUUAUUAUCUAUAUAACCCACUUUCGUCAAUCUUUAAAACCAAUUUGUAUUUUAUUUUAUAAAAUUUAACCUCC